AUGCCUGUGCCCCUCCCGUCUCACCUCUCGCCCACUAUCAACCUCCCUUCAGCAGGAUCUAUCUGCCAACAAGACGACAAACAGCAGCAGCAGCAGCAGCAGAGCCAGCAGCAACAGCAGGCAGCUAUAGCAGCAGCAGCGAGUGGCGGCGGCGUGACGCCCUUCUCGUGGGAGAGACAGGCCAACAACCCCUCCUUCAUACCCAUGGACUUUCAGUCACAGCAACAGCAACAGCAACAGCCUCCCCGGGGUGCGGGCGACACGGGCAACCAUCGGCAGCCAGCGGGUGCGUCCCCCAGCCACACAAACAGCUCGUCCAGUUCGGCCACCGGGGUGAUGCAGCCCUUCACCGGCCCACCACACACGGGCUCAUCCCACAACGGCACUACUGGCACCCUGCAGCAGCAGCCGCCAUCUGGUGGUGGAGGUGGGGGUGGUGACCAUGACCGACAGCAGCUGCUCCUCGAUCUACUGGCGGCCGGGGGCGCGGGCGCACUCGGAGGCGACAACAAUCACCAGCAGCAGCAGGACAUCACCACUACCGACAGGGCCACCGGUGCCAUCCCCCCGGGGCUUGACCUGGAUGCGCCCGUCGAGCGGAUCACUGCCCGUCAGCUGCUGUCUCUGCUGACCGAGGCGGCCAAGGCGUCCUCAAGCCCCCAGCCGCCGGCCAUCGGGCAGCAGCAGGGAUACAGUGGUGCACAGACGACCGGCUAUAUGCAGCAGCAGACACUGCAGACCGAAGGUACACACACACACAUGCCACACACAGAUACAAUGUCAAUGUGUGUGUGUGUGUGUGUCAGGCGUGUCGUCUCUGGCGCCAGGAUCAGGCCUGGGUCGAGGCCUUCGGCCGCUGCAGUCGGCUGGGCGUCCAGGGCAGGCGCCCACGGCCCUUUACGUGGACCCCUGGACGCCCACCGCCCCGGCCUACACCACCGAGCCACCGCCCCUGAUGGCCACGCCACCCAACGUGGCCACCGGGGCUGGCGGACUCACAGCCAGGCCAUGGCAUGGGACACCCGCAGGACAGAAGCGCAAGGAUCAGACACCCAUGGUCAGUCAGUCAGCACACAACAGAGGCAGAGACAAGACAACGGGUAGAACACGGUGGCCAUAGUAUGUCUCUCCCUGUGUGUGUGUGUGUGUGUGUUGGGUUUAGGAGGAGUUUCUCAACAACGAUCGCUACGCGGGCAGCAGUGCCACCCCAUCAGCAUCGCAGCAGCAGGUGUAUGCCAGUGGCACCACCACCACCACCACCCC